AUGAAAAAGAAAAAUAUCUCUACUGCCACACCUACCGCGCGUCUAAGAAGAGGAAAAUCCGCUGGGCGCCGGGAUGAUGCGCUGGGCGGAUUGAGCCCCGCGUGCACCCACUUCGUCAGGAAAAUCCGUUGGGCGCCUUAUAAAUGCGCUGGGCGGAUUGGGUUUAGCCAAAAUCCGCUGGGCGCAUUAUAG